AUUAUGGGAUGCGGCGGUGGAAUGGCGCUGGGCGCGUGAUUUUGAACAAACCCGGGUCUGUGUUUCGGAGGCGCCGCCGCCGCCGCGGCUGCUGGGAGCCCGGGAGCGCGGCGCGAGAAGGAGGCGGCGGCGCCGCCGGCUCGGCACCUGGGCAUCUUUCCAGAAGCAGUGCGAUCAUGGAGGUGGUGCCGGCUGAGGUGAAUAGCUUGCUUCCAGACGACAUAAUGGACACUGCUAUUACUUUAGUGGAUGAGGAUAGCAUUGAGGCUGUAAUUGUGUCAUCCCCAAUUCCCAUGGAGACAGAACUGGAAGAAAUUGUCAGCAUAAAUUCUACUGGUGACUCUACAGCCACGCCCAUUUCCACGGAACCAAUCACAGUGUACAGUAAUCACACUAACCAAGUUGCAGUGAAUACCACAGUUUCUAAAGCAGACUCCAAUACCACAGUGAAACCAGCAUUUCCGAGUGGCCUUCAAAAGCUUGGUGCUCAGACUCCUGUGACUAUAUCAGCCAAUCAGAUUAUUUUAAACAAAGUAUCACAGACAUCUGAUCUUAAACUUGGCAAUCAGACCCUUAAACCAGAUGGACAGAAGUUAAUCUUAACAACUUUGGGCAAGUCUGGCUCACCAAUUGUUUUAGCACUACCCCAUAGCCAACUACCCCAGGCUCAGAAAGUUACAGCUCAGGCCCAACCAGGAGACGCUAAGUUACCACCGCAGCAGAUCAAAGUAGUUACCAUUGGAGGGAGGCCAGAGGUGAAACCUGCCAUUGGGGUCUCAGCACUGACCCCAGGAAGUCAACUGAUUAAUACCACAACUCAGCCCUCUGUGUUACAGACCCAACAGUUAAAAACAGUGCAGAUUGCUAAGAAGCCUCGAACACCAACCUCGGGUCCAGUGAUCACGAAGCUGAUUUUUGCAAAACCAAUUAAUAGUAAAGCAGUUACGGGACAGACAACUCAAGCGUCUCCACCCGUCGUCACAGGCAGGGUUCUUUCACAGUCUGCUCCUGGAACUCCAUCCAAGACUAUAACAAUAUCAGAAAGUGGUGUUAUUGGAUCAACUUUAAAUUCUACAACACAGACACCAAAUAAGAUAGCCAUCUCACCUUUGAAGUCACCAAAUAAGACAGUGAAGUCGGCUGUGCAGACCAUCACGGUGGGAGGAAUGAGCACGUCGCAGUUUAAGACCAUCAUUCCCCUGGCAGCUGCUCCCAAUGUCCAGCCCAUUCAAGUGCCUGGAAGCAAGUUUCAUUAUGUCCGACUCGUCACUGCCACAACCGCCGGUAGCUCCGCCCCGCCAGUCAGUCAGAGUCCCAGUGUCAACACUCAGCCUCUUCAGCAAGCAAAGCCAGUGGUUGUUAAUACCACGCCUGUACGGAUGUCAGUUCCAUUUGUCCAAGCUCAGGCCGUUAAGCAAGUUGUUCCAAAACCAAUCAAUUCAACUUCACAAAUUGUAACUACUAGCCAGCCCCAGCAACGGCUCAUCAUGCCGGCCACACCACUGCCUCAGAUCCAGCCCAACCUCACUAACCUGCCGCCAGGCACUGUGUUGGCGCCAGCUCCAGGAACGGGGAACGUGGGCUACGCAGUGCUUCCGGCUCAGUAUGUCACUCAGUUGCAGCAGUCCUCCUAUGUGUCGAUAGCAGGCAACUCUAACUUCACCGGGACAUCGGGCAUCCAGACACAGGCAAGGGUUUCAUUCAACGGCAUAAUUCCAUCAGAGUCUGCCAGUCGGCCCAGAAAACCCUGUAACUGCACAAAAUCACUGUGUUUGAAAUUAUACUGUGACUGCUUUGCAAAUGGUGAAUUCUGCAACAACUGCAAUUGUACCAAUUGUUACAACAACUUAGAGCACGAGAAUGAGCGACAAAAGGCAAUAAAGGCAUGCCUUGACAGAAACCCGGAAGCCUUCAAGCCAAAGAUAGGAAAAGGAAAGGAGGGGGAGUCGGAUCGGCGGCACAGCAAAGGCUGUAACUGCAAACGCUCAGGGUGUCUUAAAAACUACUGCGAGUGCUAUGAGGCAAAAAUAAUGUGCUCCUCCAUAUGCAAAUGCAUUGGCUGUAAGAACUUCGAAGAAAGCCCAGAACGGAAGACAUUGAUGCAUUUAGCAGAUGCGGCUGAAGUAAGGGUCCAGCAGCAGACAGCAGCGAAGACCAAGCUGUCCUCUCAGAUCUCAGACCUGCUUACGAGGCCCACCCCAGCUCUGAACAGUGGAGGAGGAAAAUUGCCAUUCACAUUUGUAACUAAAGAAGUAGCUGAAGCCACGUGUAACUGCCUUCUUGCCCAGGCAGAGCAGGCAGACAAGAAGGGGAAAUCAAAGGCGGCGGCAGAGCGGAUGAUCCUGGAGGAGUUUGGACGGUGUUUGAUGAGCGUCAUCAACUCUGCAGGAAAAGCAAAAAGUGACCCCUGUGCCAUGCACUGCUAACUGUUGCACAAAAGACUGAAUGGAACUGUACAGAAAAUUUAAGGUGCCGGGACACUUGAUUUUCUAGAAGAUAGUUUAACAAUUACUGUAUUUUAAUUCAGCCUUUGUUUUAAGAGAUCUGAAACUAUAAUAUUGAAAGAGAAGAAAUUUUAAAUGAAGAAAUUAGUACAUUUUAAAUCUUAGUUAAUUCUGCCUAUGCCCCUUCUAAAUUUUUUUCUUUAAAAAUUUUUCUUUUAUUGUAUUUUAUAUUUUUUAAUUUGCUUGGGUUUCUUAAGAAUUAGAUGUUCUGUCCUGAUUCUAUUGACAAAGAACAUUCAUAAAUUAUUGUAAUAUCAUUU